AAAAAAUUUAAAAUUCGGAGAGCAGUGUUUCUCAAACAAAAGUCCGUACAUUCCUACGAUUUCCUAUGCUCUCAUUCUUGUUGCUAGGCAGCCCCAGGAGGCCACUGAUUUCUCUGAUUCAGAUCUCGUUGUUAUUGGAGAUCCGACCCGGACAAUGAGUCGCUACGAUUCCAAUCCCUUCGACGAAGAAGAGGUCAAUCCUUUCGCGAAUCCUGGAAGUGUUGCUCCUGCAACCUCAAGGCUUUCACCCCUGCCUCCUGAACCUUAUGACCGUGGUGCUACAAUUGAUAUUCCUCUUGAUAAUGCAAAGGAUUUGGAAUCAAAGGAGAAGGAGCUCCAGUCUAAAGAAGCCGAGUUGAAAAAGAGAGAACAGGAACUAAAGCGGAGGGAAGAUGCAAUAGCAAGAGCGGGAAUUGUUAUAGAGGAGAAAAAUUGGCCCCCAUUUUUUCCUCUUAUCCAUCAUGACAUUGCAAAUGAAAUACCUAUCCAUCUACAAAGAACUCAGUAUGUUGCUUUCACAACAUAUUUGGGUUUGGUUGUGUGUCUCUUGUGGAAUAUUGUGGCAGUUACGACCGCUUGGAUAAAAGGGGAAGGCCCAACAAUUUGGUUUCUUGCUAUCAUCUACUUCAUAUCAGGGGUUCCUGGAGCAUAUGUGUUGUGGUAUCGGCCUCUUUAUCAUGCUAUGAGGACUGAUAGUGCUCUGAAGUUUGGUUGGUUUUUUCUGUCUUACGUGGUACACAUUGCGUUUUGCAUCUUUGCUGCAGUUGCUCCUCCCAUUAUUUUCAAAGGGAAAUCCCUCACAGGUAUUUUGCCUGCAAUUGAUGUGUUAAGCGGGCAUGCUUUGGUGGGGAUAUUCUACUUUAUUGGAUUUGCGUUUUUUUGCCUUGAAUCAUUGCUCAGUAUCUGGGUUAUUCAGCAAGUUUACAUGUAUUUCCGAGGCAGUGGCAAGGCUGCUGAGAUGAAGAGGGAUGCAGCAAGAGGGACCAUGAUGGCAGCACUAUGACCUUGAACAUAUUGAACCGAGAUGUUAUUUGCGAUUUGAUCUCGCCUGAUUUGCCCAAAGAGUUCGAUAUCUUAAAUCGUUCUUUCCUCGCCGGUUCUUGGCUUGCUUUGCAGUCACACCUCUUGAUGUAUUUCCUUCUGUAUUUAUGUUUUGCUAAUACGAUGAAUGUAGAUUAGCUGAAACACAUUUAUGUUUCGCCGGUUCUUGGUCCGGUACCAUAUAGUUAUUAGCUGAGAAAUUGAGUCAUUAGAUUGUAUUAAUAGUAGCAGCAUGUUAUCCCACCACAGUCAUUGAAGGACUUCAAAGGAAUCAGAUGUCGAGCUGCCCACAUCAACAUUAA